UUGUAAUUGUUGCAUGAAUUUUAUUUUAGGUGCUUGUCUUUUCCGGCUGGCUUGGCUGCAUUGGGGUCGCUCGGACUGCUGGCUGCAGUAACAGCUCCACCGCCUCUCACCAUGGCCAGCCCUACGGAUAAUAACGAGGGCUUCUUCUCGGAUGUCAGAAAGGUGGGUUACUUACGCAAACCCAAGAGCAUGCACAAACGCUUUUUCGUGCUGAGGGCAGCCAGCGAGUCUGGACCCGCCCGGCUGGAGUAUUACGAGAAUGAGAAGAAAUGGAGACACAAGUCAGGGGCCCCCAAGCGCUCCAUCCCACUGGAAAGCUGCUUUAACAUCAACAAACGCGCUGACUCCAAGAACAAGCACCUGGUGGCCCUCUACACCAAGGACGAGCACUUUGCCAUUGCAGCUGACAGUGAGCCUGAACAGGAGAGCUGGUACCAAGCUUUGCUGCAGUUGCACAACAGGGCCAAGGGCCACCACCACUUCCAUCACCAUCACCACCACCACCACAGUGAUGUCACCUUUGGAGGCAGCAACUCUGGGCUGGGGGAAGCAGGUGAGGACACCUAUGGUGAGGUAGCCCCUGGCCCAGCUUUUAAGGAAGUUUGGCAAGUAAUUCUGAAGCCUAAGGGCCUAGGCCAGACAAAGAACCUGAUUGGCAUCUACCGCCUGUGCCUGACUAACAAGACCAUCAGCUUUGUGAAGCUGAAUUCAGAUGCGGCUGCUGUGGUGCUGCAGCUGCUCAAUAUCCGACGCUGUGGUCACUCUGAGAACUUCUUCUUUAUUGAGGUGGGACGCUCAGCCGUCACUGGGCCUGGUGAGUUCUGGAUGCAGGUGGAUGACUCCGUGGUGGCACAGAACAUGCAUGAAACCAUCCUGGAGGCUAUGCGAGCCAUGAGUGAGGAGUUCCGGCCCCGCAGCAAGAGCCAGUCCUCCUCAAACUGUUCCAACCCCAUCUCUGUGCCCCUUCGCAGCAGGCACCACGUCAACAACCCUCCGCCCAGCCAAGUGGGGCUCAGCCGCCGGUCCAGAACUGAGAGUGUCACUGCCACCUCUCCUGCUGGGGGUGGAGGAACGUGUGGGAAACCUAGCUCGUUUCGAGUGCGAGCAUCGAGUGAUGGGGAAGGCACAAUGUCGAGGCCUGCCUCUGUGGAUGGUAGCCCGGUAAGUCCCAGUGCCAACCGGACCCAUUCACAUAGGCACCGGGGAAACUCGAGGCUCCAUCCUCCACUCAACCACAGCCGGUCCAUCCCUAUGCCCUCCUCACGCUGCUCUCCUUCAGCCACCAGCCCAGUUAGUCUGUCCUCCAGCAGCACAAGUGGCCAUGGUUCCACCUCUGACUGCCUUUUUCCACGAAGGUCCAGUGCAUCAGUUUCUGGCUCCCCUAGUGAUGGUGGAUUUAUUUCUUCUGAUGAGUACGGUUCCAGCCCAUGUGACUUUCGUAGCUCUUUUCGCAGUGUGACUCCAGAUUCAUUGGGACACACCCCGCCAGCUAGGGGUGAUGAAGAGCUCAACUAUAUUUGCAUGGGGGGGAAGGCCACCUCCUCAUGCAGUAGCCUUGCUGCCCCCAACGGCCACUUUAUCCCACGUACCUGCCACCCACAGCAGCAGUCCCGCUACCCUAGUACACCAUGCUGCCCUCGAGGUGGUGGUGAGGAGGUGACUGAUCUGGAGAAGGCAUUCAGGAAGAGGACUCACUCUGCAGGCACUUCGCCCACCAUCUCCCACCAGAAGACACCCUCACAGUCUUCAGUGGCCUCCAUUGAGGAGUACACGGAGAUGCUGCCUUCUUAUCCCUGUGGCAGCAACCGUCUCCCCUCCUACCGGCACUCGGCCUUUGUGCCCACACACUCCUACCCAGAGGAGUGUCUGGAGAUGCACCACCUGGACAGUGGUCAUCAUCGAACCAACUCUGCACCACACACGGAUGAUGGCUACAUGCCCAUGUCACCUGGCGUCGCCCCUGUGCCCAGUGGUGGGGAGCCCCCCAAGGGUGGUGACUACAUGCCCAUGAGCCCUAAGAGCGUGUCGGCCCCACAGCAGAUCAUCAACCCUGGUAGGGGAGGCCGCCACCCUCCAGCCACGGUGGACUCUAAUGGCUACAUGAUGAUGUCCCCCAGUGGCAGCUAUUCGCCUGACAGUGGCUCAGCGGGCUAUGGCAAGAUCUGGACAAAUGGUGCUGGCCACCACCCCAAACUCUCAGUAGAGAGCAAUGAAGGGAAGCUCCCGUGCAGCGGCAGCGACUACAUAAACAUGUCCCCAGCCAGCGGUUCCACCACCAGCACCCCACCUGACUGUUACUUUGGGGGUGCAGGACAGCCAGGCGUCGAGGAUACCAGCACAGCCCACCACAAACCCAUCUACUCCUACUUCUCACUGCCACGCUCCUUCAAGCACGUGCACCGGCGGGGUGGUGGAGGGCCAGUGAUGGUGGGUGAGGAAGGCAGCCCCCAGCCCCGCAUGGCGCUCGGAUCCAGCCGCCUUCUUUAUGCUGCCGAGGACUCAUCGUCGUCGACCAGCAGUGACAGCCUGGGUGGUGGUGGUGGCGGCAGUGGUGGUGGCUCCGAGGUUGGCCCCCUGCCACAGUCGCACCCCCCGCGCAGGGUGGAUACGGCUGUGCAGACCAAGGGCCGGUUGGCACGACCGACGCGGCUGUCGCUGGGCGGCCCCAAGGCCAGCACCCUGCCCCGGGCCCGGGAGCAGCCCCCGCUCCUCUUGCCCCCGGAGCCCAAGAGCCCCGGCGAGUACAUCAACAUCGAAUUCAUCACUGGCGAGAAGCCGGCCUUUCCCUCGGCCGCCCUGGGGCUCGGCAGCGAGGCCGCCGAGGAGUACAUGAACAUGGAGCUGGGUCCCCCGCGGGCCGCCGGCUCCGCGACACGGCCCGGCCGAAGUGCGGCCCCCAGUUCGCGGGACUACGUGGCGAUGCAGCUGGGGGCGGCCGCGGGCUCCUGCCCGGACUGUGCCGGCGGCGCUUCUCUCUGCUCGCCCGCCGUCCUGCUCGGCUAUGCCGACAAGCCCCCGCCGGUGGCCGCGACCACGGCGGUGGCCUCCCCGGAGAUUCCGCGGCCGCCGGCCGAGCUAUCGGCAGCCCCGCCGCGCUCCUCCUCCCUGUUGGGGGGCCCCGGCGCAGGAAGCGCCUUCACCCGCGUCAGUCUCAGCCCCGGCCGCAAUCAGAGCGCUAAGGUGGUGCGGGCCGACCCUCAGGGCGGACGCCGCCGGCACAGUUCCGAAACCUUCUCGUCCACGCCGAGCUCCGCCCGUGGACCGGCAGCCGGCGGCGGCGGGGGGACCGGGACUGCUUUGCCAUGCGGCGGCGCGGGGGGAGCCGAGGACGUGAAGCGACACAGUUCGGCCUCCUUCGAGAACGUCUGGCUGCGGCCCGCCGCAGGGGAGGCGGCCCGCCGGGAGCAGCCCGCGCUAGAGAACGGUCUCAACUAUAUCGACCUGGACCUGGUGAAGGACUUCAGCCACCGCCGCCACCGCCAUCUCCACCUUCCCGCCGAGGCCGGCGGGAAGCAGCCAGCGAAGUCCCCGGGACAGCCCCGUGGGAACGGCCAUGCCAGCGACGACCUGAGCGCCUACGCCAGCAUCAGCUUCCAGCAGCGGGAGGAGGUGUAGGAGCCCGCCGGGGAAGAAUGAUGACCUCUACAACCUCAGCAAAUCCUUUGUUUAAUUCAUGGGUAUCAAGACUAUAAAUGUUUCAUGCUAUCACAACUAGGACCUCACCUCCUUCUCCUCCUCUUCCUCUGUUAAUGGGUACGAAGCAUCCCGUUCAGUUUGUUUACUUUACACAAACCUCAGGAGUUAGUUGACUGAGCUGCACAUCCUGUGUUGUGCCAAGCAGAAGCACUGUGACACCUGGACAAUGAGUCUCUCUUCCUUCAUCUUUCACCACAAGGACUUAGCUGGCCACCAUGAACUGAUGUGCCCACCACUGCGUCAUGGUGAGAAUGGGUAUUUUACUAGCACAUUUACACAACUUCAUUUGCUGCUGAAAACCUGUAUGACAAAUCAUCAUUGUAAAUUAUUGCAUACCAGACUUAAUGUUGGUUGAAGAGUAUUAAAUAUUUAACAUAGGUUCUGAUUUAUACAUGUACUUUUUUUAAUUAAAAUGUAACUUUUCCUACAGCACAUCUUUUUUGAUGUGGAACUGAGGUAUACUAUAUUCUGUUGUAAACAGAGUGGGAAACCGGCUUAAAACAAGGCUUCUAAGAAUAGAGUAGGGUACUAUUCUUGUUUUAAGAUUGUAACUCAGAAAAUAAUAUAAUAUGAGUCAUUGGUCCCUGGGCCUUGAUUGUACAGUCAUAUUUACUGAUACUAUCAGUUGUAAGAUAACCCUGAUGCUGAGCUCAGUUCUUUCCAAAAGAAAAAACUAUUUUGUACUCCUUGUAAAAUAAUAUUCUGUAUUAACUACAGUGAAGACAAACAUUACUGUACAUGGUAUUUACAAGUGUCACCUUGAAUUCAGCAAUUGCACAGGAACUGGCAAAAAAAAAAAAAAUGGGAAAAAGAAAUCAAAAGUCUUCCAUUGUAUAUAUUGUAAAAAAA